AUGGACUCCCAGCAACAGCAAUACCAGCAGUCCCCGUACCAGCAGCAACAGCCGCAGUACCACCAGGAGCAGCAGCAGUACCAGCAGCAGCAGCCGUACCAGUCCACCCCCGCCCCGGCGCCCGCUGCCGGCGGUGCCCAGGGCCCCGUCAACAACGAUGACAUCGCCGACUGGACCGCCCGCCUCAACGACGUGCUGGCCCGUCCCGGCGAGCACGUCAACUCCAAGUCGCCUGCGGGCGCCCAGCCCUGGUACAACGCCAUCUGGGGCUGCUUCGCCCCCAUCGACACCUGCCUGAUGUCGUGGUGCUGCUCGUGUGUCGUUUUCGGCCGCACGCACCACCGUCUGCGCAAGAACGCCAACCUUGAGGGUUAUGAGCCUAUUAACACCACCUGCCUCCUCUUCCUCGCUUCCAGCUGCGUGGCUCUUCACUGGGUCCCCAUGGCUAUGCAGAGCGCCGAUGUCCGCAAGAAGUACAACCUCGAGGGCAACUGCAUUACGGAUAUCGCCUUGGCCUGCUGCUGCGGCUGCUGCCAGAUCGCGCAGAACGACAAGGAGGCUGCGUACCGCGAGCCGCUCCUCAACCAGCAGGGCUACCAAGCCCAGGGCGGCAUGAGCUACCCCGGAAAGCAGUAA